AUGAUCAUGCAUCUAACUGAUAACGUAGCGCAACGAUCUUGUGUUACAAGGCAGACGCCUGCUCCCAUUGUCGCGAAAGUAGGACUAAUUCCGGGAUUGCUAGGCCUUACAGUAGAACUGACGCGCGGUGCAUCCCAGCGCGAAAGGUCUCAUAUAUGGGAGCGCAAUCCAGGCAGCGGCUCAUCAUGGAGUGAAGAAGUGGCGCAAGCUCUGCUGGAUGCCGGAUAUCACGGUAAUGCGUUGCAAGCCGCGGCAAGAAAUGGACAAGUAUGCUCGGUACAAAUAACACCGAAAUUUUUCAACAUUCUUUUGCAAGUUGGCGCAAAAGAUGACUUGAGCGAAAGCGAGGGUUUGGAUGGAUCUGACGCGACUGAAGACAUAGGUGGUGCCUUAUUUGAUAUGCAUAUCAUUACAGAUAACGAUGUGGUCUUCGCUCAUUGGUUGACCGAUAUUGCUUACAUCAUGCACCCGUUUCUUCGUAACAUAAGGGUAUCAAGUCUUAAGUGCACACCAGUGUCUAACAGUAGCUUAAAGUUACUAUAUUCCGCACAUCUUCGAAUAUGGCAAUACGCUUGUGCUACAGGGACGCAAAAGAAGGCGCCACCUCAUUAUGCGAUAUGCUCAGUAGGGAGAAAGUUCGCGGUAAUGUUAUCAGAUAUGAGUGGGUUCCGGGCUCAGCCAAUGACAAGGAACGUGAAGGGAAAGCUUGAGGUGACAAAUAGCUUGGACAACCCUUGGCAGCUGGGCAAACCACAACACGAGUAUGUUUCUCCCACGCUUCCGACGAGGGUUAAGCCUCUUAAGGAGGAUAAUGUUGCGAAAGCAUUGAUGCCCAGCAUGGUGUUGAGGCGUCUACCCACGCUGAGGAAUUAG